AAAAGAAAAAAAAAAAAAAAAAAAAAAAAACUGAGAAUCAUAAGAAUAUCCGAAUUUUAACAAGCACAAAAAUGGCGACGGCUUAAACAACAACCGAAUCACCAAGCCUCCCACAAGCUCAGCAAAGCAGAGACGUUUUGCCGAGAAAGAUGGCGAUGAUUUCUAUGCCCAUUUCGCUCCCUACUCCGACCCGUUUAACUUUUCGCAGAGUCAACCGGCACUCCGGUGUUGCCUUUGCAAGCCUGAGCAAAGAGAGGUCUUUGGGAGUGAGGCUCACUGAAGGAGAAGAAAACUUGCCCAAAGUCGUUCUGACCUCUGCUGAGGGUAGUGAGGCUGAUAUAUACUUAUUUGGAGGUUGCAUUACAUCUUGGAAACUCCCAAAUGGCAAGGACCUCCUUUUCAUUCGGCCUGAUGCUGUCUUCAAUAAGAAGAAACCAAUCAGUGGAGGUAUUCCACAUUGUUUUCCACAGUUUGGACCUGGUCAGAUGCAGCAGCAUGGAUUUGCAAGAAACGUGGAUUGGUCAAUUGUUGAUUCCGAAACUGUGGAAGGAAAUCCCGUCGUAACUUUAGAGCUUAAGGACAGGCCUUACAGUCGUUCCAUGUGGGAUUUCAGCUUUCAGGCUUUAUACAAGGUAUUGCUGAAAUCGCGCAGCCUUUCGACCGAACUUGUUGUUACAAACACAGACAACAAGCCAUUCUCAUUUAGUACUGCCCUGCACACGUACUUUAGCGCUUCUGUAACAGGGGCAUCGGUUAGAGGGUUAAAAGGCUGCAAAACACUAAAUAAAGUCCCUGAUCCAAAGAAUCCACUGGAAGGCAAGGAAGAAAGGGACGUGGUCACUUUUCCUGGAUUUGUGGAUUGCAUAUACUUGGAUACUCCUAGUGAGUUGCAUCUUGAUAACGGAUUAGGGGAUGUAAUAUCUAUCAGAAAUACAAAUUGGACCGAUGCUGUGUUGUGGAACCCACAUCUGCAGAUGGAAGCCUGCUAUAAGGAUUUUGUCUGUGUGGAAAAUGCUAAGAUUGGAAAUACCCAGUUAGAGCCUGGACAAUCUUGGACUGCAACUCAGCAUCUUAGCACCAACUGAACUGUGUCAAUUUUGUAGAAAUAUGUCACUCUUGCCUUUCUUCUUGUUUGUUUUUUUUUCCUCUCCUUUUCGGCUGCCUUGCUUUGUAUUUUCUGCAGCUCUAUAGUUACAAAAUCAAAUUAUUGGUCUGGCAAAGGCAUAAUCAUUCCCGUUAAUAUAUCAUGUACUGGAAUAAUGUUUGUUAUUACAUUCUGAAAGAACAAUGCAAUUCA